AUGAAUUUAAGUGAGUUUAAAAAUGACAUGAAUUUAACCAAUACAUUGGUUGAUUACGAUGAUAUUGAUUAUCCUGGAACUUUGAAAGUUGUUCCUUUGCCUGAAAUUAUAUGGAAAGUUGCUUUGUUUGUAUUAAUUAUUUUGGCGGCUGUAACGGGUAACAUUCUCAUAAUUGUUGUUGUUGCGUGGAACAAACGACUUAGAACAACAACCAAUUACUACAUUGUAAAUCUUGCUGUUUCGGAUUUACUCGUUACGAUUUGGUGUUCUUGGGUGUACUUGGUAGACAAUCUAACAGAAGGGUUUGUUCUUGGAGCCUUUUUCUGUAAAUUCAACACCUUUGCUCAAGUCAGUUCACUUGUUGCCAGCAUUCUGUCAUUGACAUUAAUAGCAUGCGACAGAUUUUUUGGAGUAGUGUUUGCCAUGAAGGCACAUAUUAUUGAGAGAAAAGCUCGACAUAGUAUCAUUCUCGUAUGGCUUUUCGCGUUCGCCUUUGCUUCGCCACUUCUGGUCUUCAGAACAUUGCAUCAAAGACAGUGGAAAAACCAUUUGGAACAAUGGUGUGAUGACGAAUGGCCUUUAGUUUUCAAACAUAUGAAAUAUGGUCAACCGGUUUACCAUCAACCAGCAAGGAAAAUCUAUUGGACAACUUUAUCAGUGGUUUUAUUUUUAAUACCAAUUCUAGUUAUGGCCUGUGCGUACACAAGAAUCAUUAAGACUUUAUGGGCAGCAAAGACUCCAGGAGAAAGAGUGCCAAAAGAUAUCACAGUUCAAACGAGAAUGAAAAGAAAGAUUGUUUUAACCUUGAUGCUCAUCAUGAUUAUCUUUGCGGUGUGUUGGGUGCCACUUCAAUUCACCAUUUUGUACUCUGAAUACAAACCAGAAAAAAAGCUUGAACAAUGGUAUGAACAACUUAGUUUCUUUGCGCAUGUUCUUGCCUUUGCCAACAGUUCAAUAAAUCCAAUGAUUUAUGCCGGUUUUAACGACAACUUUAAAAAAGGCUUUAAACAGAUGUUUGGUUUAUAUAAGAAGAGAUACACAAGUGUGUCAAGACUAGAUGAUAGUUCUACAACUGUUGUGACAAGUUUAUCGAGAGGAAGAGUAUUUAAAGAGGAAUCAUCGUUCACCUUAAAUGGAAAGACACGUGAUGCUUGGAACGGGUCAGCUCAGGCAUGCAGUAAGAUGGCUAUUUACGAGGAAUUGAACAAUUUAGUGUGUAGUUCAUCGGACAAUGGCAUGUAAAAGAAGAAUAGAUAAUUCAUUUUCAGGAUUUACUUUAUUUCCUAUAAAAUGCUUGUUACAUUCCAUAUACAUGAGGGUUUGGAUGGGGGUCCUACAUUUCUGCAGUCUUUUAUUUUUUACGCUUUUUUUCUAUAUUUUUAUUUUGCCCAAUAUUCUCUAUUCUCGUUUCUAUUCUAAAACCCUGUUAUUUUUUCUACUCUAUAUUUUGUUGGACUAUUGUUCCCUAUUUUUGUUUUUUAGCCCUUUAUUCCAUAUGUUUUGCAAAUUAAUCUCCAUUUUGUAAACCUCAUCCAGACCCUCAUACACCUAUGAUGUAAAUCAUGCUACUUUAUAGUUUUAUUUUUCAUAACUUUGAUAAUUCUAAUUUUGAAACUAAAAAAUCAUGAAAGCUUUCUUCUAAUUAGUUAUCAAAGGUACCAGGAUUAUAAUUUAAUACGCCAGACGCGUUGCAAUUGUUAAGCCUUAAUUUCAAUAUAAGGCUGCAGUGAAAAGAACUAUUUUCUUAGAUUAUCACACCUAAGGUAAAUUAGUGACGAUGUGAUUGUUUAACGCCGUCAUGUGGAGACCCCAAUGAAUUCAAAGAGGGUCAGUAUAUUUCAUAGGGGUAUCAUAAUGUCACGUCUUCUAUAACUGUUAUUGUGUUUGAUUGCUUAUUUUCAACAUUUUAUACAAAAGUUGUCAGGAAAAGUCCCCUGUGCGAUAAAUUCGUUAUAUGAUUUGCUACUGACACUCAAUGAAUCCGCAGGGGGUCAGUAGCAAACAGCUUCAAAUACGCACAAGGCUGCCUUGUGAAGAAUAAAUCUGUUAUCGUUUUUGUUCUUUUUAAGGUAGGAAUACAUAUAAUAUCGAUUCAUAUGUUAGACUUAGAAUCUAGUAUUGCAAUUAAUCUGGUGCGAUAUUUUUGAAAUUGAGUUAUUUCUAAUUUAAUACGCAAAGCUUGCGUAACUUUUAUUUUAAUUAGUUAAAAUUUAACACUCCAAAAAUCUACAGAAUGAAUAUGUUUUACCGUUUUAGAAGGUCAUACUUGAUCAUAUUUUGCAAGGGUCAUUCUUCCUAAUAAAAAAGUGUCUUUUUGAGGCGUCAUGAGUCAAGGACACUUUUCUGUGACGUCACAAUGGCAAACCCAUAAUUUAUGACGAAAGAAAGGUAGAAAACAGGCUGACUUAAAAUUGACUUAAGAUGUAAUCAACCAGUCAAGAAAAAGUAUCAAUAAAACGCUAAGAAUAUAAGAAAUUGAUAUUUACAAUAAUUUAUCAUUACAUGUUCAAAUGUUCUUCAAAUAAAAAAAGUUGAUAAAAUAAACGAACAAGUUCCUAGACGUGUGAAUACAUUUGCAUUAAUAUUUCCUUAAAAACAAAAUGUAUUACCACCCACAUUUUUGUCCAAUCGAUCUGUCAUAUCAAUAUUACAACGUCUCUCAUUUUUAAACAACAAGGACUAUCGCGAUAUGUUUUAGGAGACCUGUCUGUGAUGGUUCACUUAAAAAAUAAUUCUUAAAAGUACAAACAUGCCUCUUCGGAAUAACACAGUCUUCGUCAUGUUUUAAUUUGGUACAACUUGUACAAUGUCAGACUGUACUUAAUAAACACUUAUACGAAAUAUAUACUAAUAACGAUACAAAGAUUUGAUGCAAUUUGUAAACAUAAAAACAUUAACUAUGUAUAUGAAUCCAUAUGAAUUAAAGCAUUUGUGCUAUUUUAGAAUUAUGACAUCUGUUUUGAUAGUUUGAAAAACUGAAUAAAUCGAUUUUCAGCAUUUUUUUGUAAAAUUAUCAAUUCUAUAUUAAAAAACAAAAUAAAACACCAACUAUAAACAAAUUUAAAGUUAGAAAUAAAAGUCAUCUUUCAAUUUUCUAACUAAAACAUUUCGUACGCAUAUUUUUUGAUAAAAUUAUCUGGCAUUAAUAACUAGAACACAAUAUGGUCUUGUUUUGAGGUACAAAGCGUGAGCUGGAUAGGGAAAACAGAUUCCAUUAGAAACUUCUCUAUGAACUAGUAUAUAUAUCAAACCGAAAGGAAUAGUCAACGGGGUUACCAGAACCAGAAUAGGAAAAUAUCUAAUAUUCAUAGAAUCGUCUAACAAUCAUGUAUCAGUUAAUAGAAAAAAAACCUAUAAAACCAACUGAAGUAAUAUAGUAAGUUGUAUCAGAGGUCCCCAAAGGUACAAUUGUUAUGAUUGUAAACACAAACUUAUAUGUUGUUCAAAACCAAUUCAUUUAUAUAGAUAAUUACUUCAACUGAUCCUUGCAACCUUUUUAUUUUUACAAUGUAAAUAUUGUUCUUUUCAUAUGUUUAAAAUGUUGUGCUGAUUUUUACAUGAGACCCUUUCCUAUGUACUGGAUCUUUACAAUUGUGAAUUAAUAAAGUAUAUUUAUUGUU